CUUAGCUCCGCGAGUUAUUUACAUAAAGGGCGUGUCCUCUGGUGCUAUUUGCAUGGAGAAGGGGCCGGAGGCGCGAACUCAAUCCCGCGGGAGCCCCCGACCUCUCCGAGUGGCCCAAUUUGCAUGGGGCGGGGCCUGCUCGCACGUACCGCCAGGUGCCGCUUCCUCUUCCAGCCUGCUUCUGCCGCCUUUCCUCCGAUUUCCGCGCUCCCUUUUCCGGCGCCGCCCGCGGCCAGAGACGGGAUGCUCCCGAAGAGGCGACGAGCGCGGGUCCUGUCCCCCGGCGGCCCUGCCUCCUCCUCUCCGCCGCACUUCCCGGGCGUCGCCAUCUACCUGGCCGAGCCGCGCAUGGGCCGCAGCCGCCGGGCCUUCCUCACGCGCCUGGCGGUCUCCAAGGGCUUCAGGGUCCUGGACGCCUACAGCUCCGAGGUGACGCAUGUGGUGAUGGAACAGACCUCAGUGGAGGAGGCCGGCUGCUGGCAGGGGCACAGGGCGGCAGCAGCCUCACCCCAAGGAUGCACCCGCCCAGCACUGCUGGACAUAAGUUGGUUCACAGAAAGCAUGGCAGCUGGGCAGCCCGUGCCCGUGGAGAGCCGGCACCGCCUGGAGGUGGCUAUGCCGGGGAAGGAGCUGCCCAGCCCAGUGAGGAUGCCGCCCUAUGCUUGCCAGCGCCCCACGCCGCUCACACACCACAACACCGGCCUCUCGGAGGCUCUAGAGGUGCUGGCGGAGGCCGCAGGCUUUGAGGGCAGCGAGGGCCGCUUCCUCUCCUUCCAUAGAGCGGCCGCGGUGCUCAAGGCCCUUCCGAGCCGGGUCACAGCCCUGAGCCAGCUGCAGGGGCUGCCGCACUUUGGAGAACACUCCUGCAGGGUUGUCCAGGAGCUGCUGGAACAUGGGGUGUGUGAGGAGGUGGAGAGGAUCCAGCUGUCAGAGCGGUACCAGACCAUGAAGCUUUUCACCGGGAUCUUUGGGGUUGGGGUCAAGACUGCUGACCGGUGGUACCGGGAUGGGCUGCGGACCCUGGACAGCCUCCACGAGCAGCCCGAGAGGCUGACCCAGCAGCAGAGAGCAGGACUCCAGCACUACCGCGACCUGAGCGUCCCGGUCCAGCGGCCGGAGGCAGAGGCCCUGCAGCAGGUGGUGGAAGCCGCUGCGGCGCAUGUCCUGCCCGGGGCCACCGUGACGCUGGUGGGUGGCUUCCGGAGGGGGAAGUUGCAGGGCCACGACGUGGACUUGCUUGUCAGCCACUCCCAGGAGGGCCAGGAGGCCGGGCUGCUGCCCAGCAUGAUGCGCCGCCUGGAGAAGCAGGGGCUUGUCCUAUACCACCAGCACCACCGUGGCCGCCCUGAGGACGCCACCCACCCGACCCCGCGGAGCCACACCAUGGAUGCCUUCGAGAUCAUUUUCUGCAUUUUCUGCCUACCACAACCCCCAGGGGCCGCGGUGGGGGGCGCCCAGAGGAGGGCCGUGCGGGUGGACCUGGUGGCUGUCCCCAUCAGCCAGCUCCCUUUUGCCCUGCUAGGCUGGACUGGCUCUAAGCAUUUCCAGCGGGAGCUGCGCCGCUUCAGCUGGAAGGAGAGAGGGCUGCGGCUGAACAGCCAUGGGCUGUUUGACCCGGAGCGGAAGAUGCUUUUCCACGUGGCCUCCGAGGAAGACAUAUUCAGGCACCUGGGCCUUGAGUACCUUCCCCCAGAGCAGAGAAAUGCCUGAGCCUGCCGGCCCCACCCCACUCUGGCGAGCCAGCCCUGUGGGCUCCAGGGAGAGGAUGUGCUGUGGCCCCAGGUCCUCACCCCUCCUGACCCCCGACCCCCGACCCGGAGCCCCACCCACCCUUCAGUCCAGGAUCUAAUGAAAUGUGCACCUGCACCAAACCAAGCUCUGUGUUCUGAAUGCGCUGCUAUGAUGGGGAGUGCAGGGCACCUGGCCCCCAUCAGCUAUGGGGUGAUAGUUGGGGGCACUGUGGCGGAGUGCUUCUGGGCCAGUGUGGAUGUGAAUGGCGCCGUCUCCGUGGUGGGGUGCUUGCAGAGCCUGAGGUGGCGGAUGGCGGUGUCCCAGGGCUCUGAGCUGGGGGGUGGAGGCCUGGAGCCGCUUCCCACCAGGAGUACGCAGUUGGGGCGCUAAAGGGCGGCCAGCAUCUGGAGAGGGACAGGGUGCAGAGGCAGGAGCUGGGGUUGGGGGAGAACUUCCGGUGCUGGCCCCCACCUUCCAACCAGGUUUGUGGUCUCCGGUCUCUGCCUUUGGUUUUCCAAGCUCUGUUCUCGGAAGGCCUUUAACAGUCACGUAGCGUCCCCCCCCCCCCCCGCUUGCUCCCUGUGCCCCGCAGCUCCCCACCCUGUUAAGUAAUUCCAGAGUCCUCACCGUGGCCCCUAGGGGCCUGGCAUUCCUAUGUCCCCCUGACCCCCGGCCUCCUCUGCACUCCCACUGCGAGCCGCAGAUGCCCGCAGGGCUGGUGGGGGUCCCAGCAUCUCAUGGAGGGGCACUGGCCACGCAGUGUCCUCUGCUCUGGCACCUUCGCUGCUGGACCGUCCACCUGGACACUGUCCGGACUCACAGGUCUCUGUCAGGUGAGGACCCCCCUGACCACCU